AUGCAUUUCAUUGUGACAACGGACGCCCAGAAGGCCGACCCAGAGACGCAGAAGUUCAUCAGGCGUCAAGUCAUGAUUGGGAAGAACCGGGGCAAUUCUCACCGAGCCAAAAAGCGAAAAGCGACCACGACCUCUGGGGAAGUGACUCGUAGGGUUGAUCACAAACGAGGUCCACCGGGACCAUCGGAAGCCAGAAUUGGAGUUGAAGCUUACAACUCGACUCUUCCCAGACGAGUCGGAUCGGAUCUGUCGUUCAUCAAUCUUGCCAUUGAAAUGGAUUCGGCUGCGUUUGGGAACAUGAUUAGGUUCUUGGACGUGAAAAUCAGAGCAUUUUACCCUCUGGUGCUGGUGACGGGGAUCUGCAAGAAGGGGGCGGCAUAUUUUGACCCGCUGGAGCUCGAUGCCGCGUACCUCCACGUCGUCAUGUUCGCUGCCGCGGUCUUCAGGAACAAGGUGUCAGGUCGACAAGCGUUUGCCACCAACACCAACCAGGAUGCAACUGCAACUGUGCAUUUCUUGAAAGGAGUUCAGAUCCUGCGCGAAAGGCUUUCUCUGGGAGACAAGAGCACCCACUCGUCAGAUUCGACGAUAGCUGCGGUCUCGACGUUGGCCAUGAGUGCAUUGUUCAUGGGUGAGGAUGAGACCUUCAAGCACCACAUGAGUGGCCUUCGCAAGAUGGUCAACCUAAGAGGAGGCAUUGCUGCCUUUAAAGGGAACAAGCUCCUCUCCGAAAUAUUCAGAUGUGAUAUAGGGAUGGCCAUGCAAAAUGGCUCCCAACCUAUCUUCUUCAGCAACCCUCGCUUAGAUCCGGUCAUCCCUUAUCCCGACCAGGAGCUGUUGCCGAUGCGAAAGAUUGUGAGCGUCACACACUCUCGACACGACUCCCAGUGCUUCCUCUUCCUCGACAAGAUGGAUCCGAGUCUGGUCGAAGCGUGGACAGUCACGCAGAACUCUUGUUCUAUGAUCAAUCUCUCCGAGGAGACCCGAACAAACCUUGCCCCGGAACUUCUUUACGACACCAUGGCUUCAGUCAUGUAUCGCCUUCUCCAUAUGAACUUUGACCCGGGGUCGGUUGACGAAGCAGUACGACUCUGUCUUUUGGGUAUGAGCUAUCAUGCUUUCUUACAGUGGCAGGAUCUGAGCUUACCUUGCGUUUAUUUUCCUUCCAUCUACAAAUCCUGCCUAUUAGACCCAAAACUUCUGGAUGAGGCACCCUCCCAGCUCAUGCUUUGGCUGCUGAUGAUUGGGGCCGUUUCAGCAUUUACUGCAUCAGACCACCCAUGGCUGAGGGAUUGCUUGCGAAAACACAUCAACAUAUGUCAAGUGAAGACGUGGAACGAGAUGCGGCAAGUUUUGAAAUCCUUCAUGUGGAUUGGCCUAUUACAUGACAAACCGGGCAAGGAGAUCUUUGAAGCUGUGUUAUAA